GCCCCACACGCCACCCCUCCUCCCUCCUGUCUUUCAGACAGACUGUUUUUGCUGCAGUGAACGGUAGCCGUGGAGAGAGGGAAAACGCAAGAAAAACAAGAAGCCGAAGAAGGAAGAUAAAAAGUCAAUAUAGACACAUCCAGAGAGACCUCAGAUCCAGCGCCAGCUAUCCUGCAUCACAAGGACCACUUCCAGACCAGAACCAACGGCGACAAAUAGUGCAGGACCCGGACUCCAGAGACGUAUAUCGGUAACACUCCGGUAACACUCCGGUGCUCCUCUGCCUACCCUCGUGAGGAUUCAUUGAGACGAACAAACGGAUCUGUGUGUCCAACCGACCAUGGCAUUCCCUUCUUACCCGGUCCCUGGUCUAUGGAUGCUGAGCUUAUUGACACUACUGACAGCCUCUGUUCAGAGCAACUUCAUCGUUUUCGACGAUGACCCCAUGCAGCCGGUGACCCAGGACGAGACGGUGUCGGUGGGCGGCACGGUGACCCUGACCUGCCGGGUGGCAGAGAGCGACAACUCCUCCCUGCAGUGGUCCAACACGGCCCAGCAGACUCUGUACUUUGGAGAGAAGAGAGCUCUGAGAGAUAACCGUAUCCAGCUCCACCGGUCGACAGGCACAGAGCUGUCCAUCACCAUCGGAGACAUCCAGCUGUCAGACGAGGGGGAGUACACCUGCUCCAUCUUCACCAUGCCCGUCCGCACUGCCCGUGCCACCGUCACUGUGCUAGGUGUGUCGCCCUGAUGUGGUGGAGUCUAACCCUGGUGAGCCGACCUACACGGUGAUCAGUGAGCUGACUCUGACUGUGGGCCGAAGCGACGAUAAUGCUCUGAUUGCCUGUGCUGUAGACCACCCUUCUCUGGCCCCUGGGGACAAAGGGAGCGAGCAACGCAUUAGAGUCCUGUUCACCCCAGACGUAACUAUCCAGCCUGAGAGUGAUCUACCCAGAGAGGGAGGAAAGUUCCACCUGCAGUGCAUUGCCAACGGAAACCCUGAGCCUAUUUCGUACGUGUGGCAGAAGAAGGAUGGAGAGCUCCCUCCGCUGGCCAAGGUGGAUGGUAGUGUCCUGCGCUUUGAGAUGCUCAACAAAUCAGACAACGGCAUGUACCUUUGUCAGGCCGACAAUGGCAUCGGGAAGGUGCAGGGCCAGUACACACUGUUGGUGCAAGAUGGUCCAGACAACAUUGCAGACCCCACUGCCAUGUCGACCUCUUCGGGAGUGGACCAUGCUGUGAUUGGAGGAGUGGUUGCGGUCAUCGUCUUUAUCCUGCUCUGUCUGCUUAUCGUCCUGGGCAGAUACCUCAUCAGACACAAAGGGACAUAUCUUACCCACGAGGCCAAGGGCUGCGACGACGCUCCCGAUGCCGACACGGCUAUCAUCAACGCCGAGGGCGGUCAUUCCGGAGCGGAGGACAAGAAAGAGUACUUCAUCUAGGGAGGGGUCGGGAGGGGGGAGAGGAACGCCUCCAUUUGUCUUCACAAGCUUCAGUUCUUCACAGCAGCCAGAGGGGGAGGAGUAGGGGACAGACAGACAGGGAAAUGGUGAAAAGGAAAGGAAAUAUCAGAUUCAGAAGUACUGAGACUGACAGGAAACACAGAAAAGCUUCACCUGGUAGACCUGCAUUGAAACCAGUGCGAUUAUUUGCACUUAUAUACAUGACUUCCUCAUGUCCACUGACACACACACACACAC